UGUUUCAAGUUGGGGAAGAGCCUGUGGUUCUCUUCCUGCGCUUAGAGGGGAAAGCGAACACAUAAUGUUCAUUUCCUAAAUACGGGACGUGCUUUGCUAGCGGCUCAUUUUCCAACAUGUCAUAUCCUGGCUGAAGGCAGCAGGGGUCAGGGCAGGAAAUGGCAACUUCUCAGAAUGAGACAAGGCUUUCCCAGAGCGGUCAUUGGCUCCUGGGAACUAUAAAGCAUGCUCAUCCAGAAACGGUCUCUCACUUUUUUUCCUGGAGGCCAGAGUGAAGGGGCAUGGAGAGGCGGGCGGCCUGGGAGCCGCAGGGCGCGGAUGCGCUACGGCGCUUCCAAGGACUGCUGCUGGACCGCCGGGGUCGGCUGCAUGGCCAAGUGCUGCGCCUGCGCGAAGUGGCCCGGAGGCUCGAGCGUCUACGCAAGCGCUCCCUGGCGGCCAAUGUGGCUGGCAGCUCUCUGAGCGCCGCGGGCGCGGUGGCCGCCAUCGUGGGGCUGUCACUCAGCCCAGUCACCCUGGGGGCCUCACUCGUGGCGUCGGCCGUGGGCCUAGGGGUGGCCACCGCCGGAGGGGCAGUCACCAUAACGUCCGACCUCUCUCUGAUUUUCUGCAAUUCCCGGGAGGUGCGGAGGGUGCAGGAGAUCGCCGCUACCUGCCAGGACCAGAUGCGCGAGCUCCUAAGCUGCCUGGAGUUCUUCUGUCAGUGGCAGGGCCGCCGAGACCGCCAGCUGCUGCAGAGCGGGAGGGACGCCUCCAUGGCCAUUUACAACUCUGUCUACUUCAUCGUCUUCUUCGGCUCACGUGGCUUCCUGAUCCCCAGGCGUGCGGAAGGGGCCACCAAAGUCAGCCAGGCGGUGCUGAAGGCUAAGAUUCAGAAACUGUCUGAGAGCCUGGAGACCUGCACCGGCGCCCUGGAUGAACUUAGUGAGCAGCUGGAGUCCCGGGUCCAGCUCUGCACUAAAGCCGGCCAUCUCUGCUGAUCAAGCAGGAUGCAACACGUUUUUCUAAGAGCAUCCUUUAGCUAUAUGGAGGGCAGGGAUGGCUGAAACUCUUCUUGCAGUCGGUCCUCAACUCCUUAUGUGUGAAGGACUUUUCACUUGUGUAAUCCCAAUUGAGUAUGUGACCCUAAACACUAACCUUGGGGCGGCGGUCAAAAAUCCUUUCCGGCUGCGCACAGCUGGGCAGACAGACUCUCCCUCUUUUAGAGUUAUUGGGGU